GCCACCAUCCACAUCAUCCAUAGUCAUAACAGACACCAGGUGCCCUGCACAGAAAUAAUUUCUGCUCGCUGUGAAAACUUGCUCUAAUUAAAGUCAUGUCUCAGACUAGAAGCUCUUCUGUGAGGGCCCACAGUAGCCGUUCCCAGGUAUCCAGGGCUUAUUCUACCUCUGGAGCUGCUGGAGGAUAUGGAUUUGGAGGUUAUGGAGGUGGAAUUAGUCAGGCUUAUGGUCACUCUUUGAUGGCCGGCGGUCUGCACAGCAGCGCUGGGAUAGGUUUAGGUUUAGGGUCAGGGUCUGGGUUUGGCAUUGGGUUAGGGGCAGCGAGUGGAAGGUCCAUCUCAUCUGGUUUAAAAAUAGCUGGAGGUUCCAUUUCAGCUGCUGGAGGUUUGGGUGGAGGUUCUUUCUCGGCUGCUUUUAAGGCAGGUGGAGGAUCUUUCAUGGAUAACAUGGCAAACAUCGUCAGUGAUAAACAGCAGCUGCAGGUUCUGAACGACCGCCUUGCCACUUACCUGGAUAAGGUGAAACGUCUGGAGAUCACAAACCGUGAGCUUAAUGAGAAACUCAGAUCAUUCACCCUCAAUAGAGUUCAAACUACCCAUGACUUUGAGCCAUAUCAAAUGCAGAUCAAACCUCUGCGUGAACAGAUUCUGGCUCUUAUUCAAGAAAACACCAACAUUACUUUAUCCAUUGACAAUGCCAAACUGGCUGCAGAUGAUUUCAGACUGAAGUAUGAGACAGAGUUGGGCAUCCGUCAAUCUGUGGAGGCAGACAUAGCCAAUCUGAAAGUUCUGAAGAAAGAGUAUGAGACAACGACUGACGUGCUACAGCAUGAGGUCAAUGUCUUCACAAGUGAACUCAAAAAUGUCAAAGAUACAUACCAGCAGGAGAUGAUUGGACUUCGAGGGCAGAUUUCAGGCACAGUGACUGUGGAUGUGCAGGAGGUGGAGAGUACAGAUCUGUCACGAGUGCUGGCUGAGAUCCGUUCCGAGUAUGAGAUGGUCAUCGAGAGGAACCGCAGGGAGGCAGAACAAUGGUACACUAAACAGCUGGAGAAGAAAACCGCAGAGGUUGCGAUUGUCACCGAGACGACGGUCACUGGUGGUACUGAGAUCACAGAGAGCCGCAAACAGAUGUCUGGGUUGCAGACGCAGUACGACUCCAUAUUUGUAGAGAAAACCAACCUAGAGCAGCGUCUGAUGGAAGUUCAGGGUCACUAUCAGGCACAGUUGUUUAAAUUGAGUCACCUUGCUGGAAGUCUGGAAGGGGAACUCAUGUCCAUCCGUGAGAGUGCGAUACAGCAGAGUCGAGACUACCAACUGCUCCUGAGCACUAAAGUUCAACUGGAAAGAGAGAUCAACACUUACAGAGCUCUGCUAGAGGGCGCUGCAGAUGUCUCUGUGCUCGCGAUCAAACCACAAGCUGUUGAUAUCAAGGAAUCUUUGAAGACCGAAACUAUUGCAGUGGGCGGGGCUAAUGCCACAUUCCUAAUAUCCGAUGCAUCGGGUGAACUUCCUGUUUUAACAGACAUUACACCAGCAAAAGAUGCCGAUAAAUGAUACGGCAGAUCCUCCAUCAGCACAGGGGCCUUGUCAAAAAAAGAGUCUUCAACGACCUCGUGAUGUCAUCAAUAUGAUCAGAAAUUAACCAAUCAUCUGUUAACACUCUUUUGUGCUGUAUAACUGGUUGUCAAACAUAAAUAAAACCAAAUGUACUCCUGUACUGCUCUGAAAAAUA